AGUUUCGAGUUUUCCUUAAAAUUUUUGAAACAGUCGCUCGCUCUCGAAAGCCAGCCGUACACUCGGCAACCCCGCGCUUCUCUCUCGCCUCUCCUUCCAUUUCGCUCUUCCUCUCUAUAUCUCUCCUCCAUUCCUCUUCUCCCUCCUGGGCUUUUCGUCUUUUGCCUCAAAUCUCAUCCUCCUCCUCAAACCCGUAAAGCCCCACCACCCCUGAAAAUCUUCACCCUUCAUGCCUCUGUUUUCAAAUCUCCUCCUUUCUUCAUCACUUUCUCCAUUCCUCUGCAUUCGUAUUUGAAAGUAUCUUCAAAGUCUAAAAAAGCUUUUACGUAUUCUUAAUUCGAAUUCUUGUUCUUUUAGGCUAAUUCAAAGUCAGCAUUUUCGUCUCCAUAUAUUCUCUUUUUUGUUGUUUGUGGGGGAUUUUGCACGCCGUACUUAUCCGUGGGUUGGAUUGUACCUGAAGGGUCUGUGGUCUUCAACUUUAUUGUAUUGGAAUUCUUAUUGUUUUUUCAAUUCUGGGUCAUCGGUCGUUGGUCCUAUACCAUUGUGGAAUCGGGUCGUUUUCUUUGAGUUUACUCUGAUCCAUUCUGUUCUUCCUUUUUAGAAUAGAAAAAAGGAAAAAGUGGUUGGUGAUGGGGUGCUUGAGAUUUGGACGUUUGUUUUGUUUGUAGUACUUUCAGAAUAUAAAAGAAGGGAAAGCUGUUCUGGUAACACAACUUGGUUUCUGGUUUGAGGUCAGCAGUAGAGACAAUUGGGGUUGUUGUGAUUACCUGAUUAGGUUUCGAUUAGAUCAGAUUCAUUCGGUUUUUUUCCUUUCCAUUCAAGGAAUAUGCUUCGUUGAUUCUGUUUCGUUUCGUUUACUGUCUGGUAAUUGGAAUUUUCUAUUUGGGUUGUUCUGCAUUCAAUGUCGGAAAUGGAUCCAAUGACAAGUGACAAUAUUGAGGAGGUCAAUGUAGAAAAGAAGAUGGAUCACCUCGAAGGCGGUGAAAAUUCAAAAAUCAAGGGUACUGGAAGUGUUAGUAACAAAGAAAUGAUUUUCAGAGCAGAUAAAAUUGAUUUGAAAAACUUAGAUAUACAGCUUGAGAAGCAUUUGAGCAGGGUUUGGUCCAAAAUUGAGGACAAAAGGCCUAAAGAAGAGUGGGAGAUUGAUUUAGCUAAAUUGGAUAUAAGAUAUGUUGUAGCUCAAGGGACCUAUGGUACUGUAUACAGGGGUAUUUAUGAUGAACAAGAUGUUGCAGUGAAGCUGUUGGACUGGGGGGAGGAUGGUUAUGCCACAGCUGCUGAAACUGCUGCUCUGCGGGCAUCAUUUCAAAAAGAAGUUGCUGUUUGGCACAAGCUUGACCAUCCUAAUGUUACAAGGUUCAUUGGAGCUUCAAUGGGAACUUCUAAUCUUAAGAUUCCUUCAAAAAACUCUUCAAGCGAUGAUCCAAAUUCUCAUCCUGCUAGAGCAUGUUGUGUUGUUGUGGAGUUUCUUGCUGGUGGGACACUAAAACAAUAUUUGAUAAAAAACAGAAAAAAGAAACUUGCCUUGAAGGUUGUGAUCCAACUUGCUUUGGACCUCUCAAGAGGUCUUAGCUAUCUGCAUUCCAAGAAAAUUGUGCACCGUGAUGUCAAAACAGAAAAUAUGUUGCUGGAUAUCGAUAGAAACUUAAAAAUAGCUGAUUUUGGUGUUGCUCGCGUUGAAGCUCAAAAUCCAAGGGACAUGACUGGUGAAACCGGCACCUUAGGAUACAUGGCUCCAGAGGUUCUGGAUGGUAAGCCAUAUAAUAGAAGGUGCGAUGUCUACAGUUUUGGCAUAUGCUUAUGGGAAAUGUACUGCUGCGAUAUGCCUUACCCUGACCUUAGCUUUGCUGAUGUAUCAUCUGCUGUUGUUCGACAGAACUUACGACCAGAAAUUCCGAGAUGUUGUCCUAGUUCUUUGGCUAGUGUCAUGCGGAAGUGCUGGGAUGGAAAUGCAAAUAAACGACCUGAAAUGGAUGAGGUGGUGAGAAUGUUGGAAGCAAUUGAUACAAGCAAAGGAGGUGGAAUGAUACCUGAAGACAAAAAUCCGGGCUGUUUCUGUUUUGCCCCUGCUCGCGGUCCUUGAUGUUGUUAUCCUUAUUUGUACCCCUGCCUGCACCAAAAGAAAUUGAUUGGGUGUUUUUUAUGCCAAAAAGAUGAUCAAAACAAAAGCAAAAGAGAAGGAUGAUAAUUUUUUUUAUCUUAGACAUCCUUUUGAGCUUCAGAUUUGCCUCCUAGUUUGACAAUCCCCCUUUGUUCUUGGAGUGAAUGAGCAAAGAAAGGUUCUAUUAAUUUACAUCCGAACUGUAUAUGCAGCUUGUGUUUUAUCAGUGUUUUAAUUGUGAGUCGAGUAUAUGAAAUGGUCGAAGGUAUUGCUGAUGGUUGAUAGACUAAGCUGUUCAUGCAUCGGAGAAAAGAGGUGAUGUUCAAAGUCGCAUACAUGACGGCAUGAGUCAUGAUAAUCAGCCAUAAGAUCCUUGCUUAAGUUGUUUAGUGUGGUUCCACUUUAUUGUUCUAUUCCUAAUUUCCUAUAUAUUUGCCCUUGUUUAAUGUUGAUGAUGGAUGAAGGUUAAACUAAUCAAAGAUCGAGUCUUUUACCCUUUCA